CCAAAUGCCGUGUUCUUCUUCAAUGGAUUUGCGAGGGGAUCACGACUCCGACACACACAACAACAACGAUAUCAGGGCAGCCACCACAUUGACCGACCGCCCACUCCCCCGCACCUCCUCGCACGUUCGUCCUGUCCCCUUCCCCGCCUCCUCCUCCAUCCCGGAGCUCCGGCACCGAACAUCUGCUAGCUCCGCCGGCUGGUCAUCGAGCUUGUGUGGACCGUAGGUGGGGAGAUCCAGCGCGCGCGACUGGGAUUUGUCGUCUCUGAAGAUUCCAGCACCCGGAUAGAUCCAAAAGCCAGCGGUGGUGACUCGGCUCCUAGGGAUCAACGACGAGAAAGGAAAGCAAGAAGGCAGCACCAAAAAAAAGUUUUCAUUUGGGGGUGGAUUUUGAUAUAAAUAGUGAUACAUAUAUAGUGGCAUCACAAUAGAAAUUUGGAUAAGAAUAUGUUUGGGAUCCAACCCAGGGAUUUGGUAGAUGAUUUCAACCCCAGGAGGAGGAGGUGGUCAUUGUGGACCACGCCCCCUGCAUCCAUGCCCACCACCAGCCACAACACCAGGUACAAAGUACCCCGGAAGGGCCAUGCCAAUGCCUACCACUUGUCUGUGAAGUUUGAAGAUCUCUGUGGCUUCAUGGUGGAGGGCAAUGUGGAUGACGUCAAUGUUCUGAAUGAGGUGAGGGAGAGGAUAAGGGAGCAAGGGAGGGUGUGGUGGGCACUGGAAGCGAGCAAGGGCGCAAACUGGUACCUCCAGCCGAGGAUCUCAUCCAACGGUGGCGAGGGUGUGAUUAGGGCCACGUCGCUCAAGCUAUCAGUGCUCACUAAUACAGUUACAUUGAGGAGGCUGAUCAGGAAGGGGGUGCCGCCGGCGCUGAGGCCGAAGGUAUGGCUGUCCGUGUCUGGUGCAGCCAAGAAGCGGUCGACGGUGCCUGAGACGUACUAUGACGAGCUGAUCAGGGCCACGGAGGGGAAAACCACACCAGCCACUCGCCAGAUCGACCAUGAUCUCCCUCGCACCUUCCCUUGCCAUCCUUGGUUGAACAGCGAGGCAGGUCAGGCAUCUCUUCGACGUGUACUUGUUGGGUAUUCGUUCCGUGAUUCAGAAGUUGGAUAUUGCCAGGGUUUAAAUUAUGUGGCUGCUCUAUUGUUGCUCGUUAUGAAGACAGAGGAAGAUGCAUUUUGGAUGCUUGCGGUACUCUUGGAAAAUGUUCUUGUCAGUGAUUGUUAUACCGAUACUCUUACUGGCUGUCAUGUUGAGCAGCGAGUAUUCAGAGAUCUUCUAGCCAAAAACUGCCCACGCAUUGCUGCUCAUCUUGAAGCAAUGGGGUUUGAUGUUUCGCUUGUUGCCACAGAAUGGUUCUUAUGCCUCUUCUCCAAAACAUUGCCUUCAGAGACAACUCUGCGAGUGUGGGAUGUUUUAUUCAAUGAAGGUGCAAAGGUCUUGUUCCAUGUGGCUCUAGCAAUUUUCAAGAUGAGAGAAGAUGAUCUUCUACGAAUCCAACAUAUUGGUGAUGUAAUUGAUGUUCUGCAAACAACUGCUCAUCAUCUAUACGAGCCUGAUGAGCUGCUCACGUUUGCGUUUGACAAGAUUGGGUCCAUGACUACGAACACAAUUACAAAAGAAAGGAAAAAGCAGGAGACGGUGGUCAUGGCCGAGCGCGAUCAAAGAACUAGACGGUUGAACUCGCUCAAGAUGGAUGCAUGAUGAUGUGUAAAAAAGAUACAUGUUAGGAUGCUGAGCUCUGUUUGUUUUGAAAGAACGGCGAAGACGACGUGGUGAGUCAGCACUUGGUUACUUGUUAGACUGGCUGUCUCAACGAGUAAGAAAAGGUGCUCACGCUCCGCCAAAAAUAGAGGUGUCUGAGCCGAUGCAAAAACUGCAAUGUGGGUUUGUUUUUGAAACUUCAUGUUGUGUGUGUGUGUGCGUGCCCCGUUCGUGUUGGUGAGAUGUGAGGCCUUGGGAACUGGUUUGAAACAUGUGUAAAUCGGACAGCGGGUUGAAAUCCUCUUGCAAUGAGCCCUAAGUGCAUGUAAAUUUUGCAGGCAUGAAAUGGAGCUAUAAAAGUUUGUUUAUUCACUUUAA